AUGUACAACCAGUCAGUAAACGGCUAUUCAGGUGGAGGAGGAGGAGGCGGGCCUGGCUAUACUGAAAAUCCGCAACAUAACGAGCAAGGUGAACAUUUAGACGAAGACGAUUUUGGACGAACCGAAGAAGAAUUUUAUGAAGAUAUGCAGCGAGAAUUAGCUGAUGAUGCUCCAUGGAAAAGAAUUCAACAGAAUACAUUUACACGUUGGGCAAAUGAACAUUUAAAAUUAGUUAAUCGUCAUAUUGAUGAUUUACAAUCCGAAUUAAGUGAUGGAUUGAAUUUAAUUGCUUUGAUUGAAGUUUUAUCACAGAAAAAAGUUCCACGUCAUAAUAAACGACCGAAUUUUCGUUCACAAAAAUUAGAAAAUGUAUCUGUUGUAUUAGAUUUUCUUGAAAAUACUGAACGUAUACGUCUUGUUAAUAUUGAUGCUUCACAUAUUGUCGAUGGUAAAUUAAAAUUAAUUCUUGGCUUAAUAUGGACCUUAAUUUUACAUUAUUCUAUUUCACUACCAAUGUGGGAAUUCGACAAAGCCGAUACCCCUGGCCUAGCAAAAGAUAUGACACCGAAACAAAAACUGAUGCAUUGGAUACAAGAAAAAUUACCUCCAGAAUUACCAAUCACAAAUUUCACAUCCGACUGGAAUGAUGGUCGUGCUAUUGGUGCACUUGUUGAUGCAUGUGCACCAGGUCUCUAUCCAGACUGGAGUGAUCGUGAUCCACAAAAUGCAUUAGACAAUGCCAAGGAAGCUAUGGAUUUAGCUGAGCAUUGGCUAGGUAUUCCACAAUUAAUUCAACCACAUGAAAUGCUUAAUCCAAAAGUCGAUGAACAAUCUAUGAUGACAUAUCUAUCACAAUACCCGAAGGCUAAUAUAAAAUCGGGAGCACCUAUCAGACCAAAAACCAAUUCAGCACGAGUUCGAUGUUAUGGAAAAGUCGAAGAGCAAUGGAUUAAACGGAUACAUCAUUUUCGUCCUCGUUCUCGUAUUGAACCAAACGGUAACCAUGUCGAUACGCCAGCAAAAUUUCAUGUUGAAACCUUUGCUGCUGGCAAAGGUAAUGUUGAUGUUAUUGUUAUUAAUCCAAAAGGACAAAGAGAAAAAUGUGAUGUUGAUAUUUGUAAUGAUAAAAAUCAAACAUAUGAUUGCACAUAUUAUCCUGCAAUGGAAGGACAAUAUAAAGUUAUUGUAAAAUUUGCCGGGCAAGAAGUACCAAAGUCUCCAUUUUCACCUUAUAUCGACGGUAAAGCAGGUGAUGCUAGUCGUUGUAAAGCACAUGGACCUGGUCUAGAAGCAAACAGUGUGAUCGUUGACAAACCCACAUGGUUUGAAAUUGAUGCAACAGAUGCUGGUAAUGGUCUUGCCGAAGUUGUACUUGUCGAUUCACAUGGUCGACAAGAUGUUGUACCUGUUGCUGUCAAACAAACUAGUCCAGGAAAAUUCCGUUGUGAAUAUGUUCCACGUGAAUCUGGCCUUCAUUCAGUGAAUAUAUUUUUUGCUGGUCGACCUAUAACAAAUAGUCCAUAUGGUGUUAAUGUAGCAUCAUCGUCAAUUUCUUCAUACGAUGAUAUAAAAGAUAGAUUUACACCAAGUGAGGAGGACAAUUAUUCCUCAAUUGAAUUAGAACGAUCAAAAAGUACAACUAGUGUUGAUACAAUAUAUCAUGUCAGAUUUAAAAAUGCAUCUGAUGCCAAAAAAUGUCGUGCCUACGGACGCGGUAUUCAACCGAAAGGUAUACGUACGGGUGAUGUAGCUGAAUUUCGCGUUUUUACCAAAGAUGCUGGAGAUGGUGUGAUGAAAGCAUUAGUAACUGGACCAGAGGGUCUAGAAAUUCCUUGUCGUAUAACCAAAGCCAAUAGUACAACAUAUGAAUGUGGUUACGUACCAACUCGUAUUGGACCUCAUACAGUUAAUAUUACGUAUGGUGGUGCUCAUAUACCUAAAAGUCCAUUUCCAGUCGAUGUUACACCAUUUAAAGAUUCUCGAAUACGAGCAUUUGGGCCGGGUCUUGAAGGUGGUGUUAUUGGCUUUCCAGCAGAUUUUGUUGUUGAAACAAACGGUGAAACUGGUUCAUUAGGUUUUUCAAUCGAAGGGCCAUCACAAGCACGUAUUGAAUGUAAUGAUAAUGGUGAUGGUUCAGCAAAUGUUCGAUAUUGGCCAACCAUAUAUGGUGAAUAUGCUGUACAUGUUCUUUGCAACGAUGAAGAUAUACCACAUUCACCAUUUAUGGCAUGGAUUGAAGAGCCAGGAAAUUUUGAUUCGGAUAAAGUUAAAGCGUAUGGUCUUGGCCUUGAACCAUCAGGACAAAUUAUUGAUAAACCAACUGAAUUUACAAUUGAUACACAUAAUGCUGGCGAAGGACAAUUACGUGUUCAAGCUAUUGAUCAAGACUAUCAGCCAGUUGAUGUUCAUGUAAGAAAUAAUGGCAAUGGCACAUAUAUUUGUCGGUAUACGCCAAGAAAUGCGAAUCGUCAUUGUAUUCUUAUUGAUUAUGCUGGCGUUGCUAUACCACAUAGUCCAUUUCGAGUUUGGCCAACAGAACCAUCGAAUCCAUCAAAAGUUCGUGUUUAUGGGCCAGGCGUGGAACGUGGUGUUAAAAUGAAUGCUCCGACACAUUUUACAGUUGAUUGUAAAGAAGCAGGACCAGUGAUUUCUUCUUCUUUCUCAUCUACUAAUCUCAAUCAUCGAUUUCGUUCACUUGAUUCGCUCGAUGUCGAUAAGUGUGACAAUGAUAUUAUACCAUAUAAAAUUGAUAUACAAGCUUUAGAUGAUGAACAACAACAUUGUUCAUUUGCUGCACAACAUGAUGAUAAAAAUAAUGCAUUACAUGUUACAUAUAGACCUAAAGCACGAGAUAUAUCAAUUGCUUUAACUGAUACGAAAAAUCAAGAUGUACCAUUUACUAUUGAUGAUAAUCAAGAUGGAACAUUUACUAUAGCUUAUACACCUAAAUUACCUGGUAUCCAUUGUAUUAGUGUUCUCUUUGGCGAUAAUGAAAUACCUAUCUCACCGAUUAAAGUUACUGUUGAAGCAAGUGUUGAUGUAAAUAAAAUACGUAUUGAAGGUCUUGAUACAAUGCCUUUUGUUGGACAACCUGCUCAGGUAACAUUGAAUACAUUAGUAGCUGGUCAAUUACCAGCAAAUGUAGUUCAUGCUCGUAUUGUUGGACCAACAGGCAAUACACAAGAAGCAAUUAUCACACCAGCACCACAAGGCUACAAUUUACGUUUUAAUGUGCCUGAACCAGGUGUUUAUGUAAUCGAACCCGAUGUAUGUACAUUACCUUUAACUCCUGUGCAAAUUACAGCUAUUGAACAACUUGAUCCGAGUAAAGUACGUGCCUAUGGGCCAGGUCUUUCGCAAGGCACAGUUAAUAAACCAGCCGAUUUUAUUGUUGAUACACGUGGUGCUGGUAAUGGUCAAUUAGCUGUUACAGUUGAAGGACCAUCGGAAUCGAAAAUUGAUUAUCAAGAUAAUAAUGAUGGUAGUUGUCGUGUUACUUAUCAUCCGACAGUCUCUGGUAAUUACAAUAUCAAUAUAUUAUAUGAAGGAAAACAUAUUCCUGACUCACCAUUUCAUUCUGCUGUACGAGCUGAUCUUGAUACACAUUCUAUUCGUUGUUAUGGACCUGGUCUUGAUACGAAUGGAGUAUUUCUUGAAAGUCCAACUGAUUUUACUGUUGAUGCUAAAUUAGUUACGGGUAGUGGUUCAGGUCGUGUCGAAUGUUUAUUAACAUCGCCAAGUGGUCGAGCUGUUCGAUGUCCUGUUAAAAAUAUGUCCGAUGGAACUUAUCUAGUACAAUAUGCACCUUAUGAGCCAGGCAUGCAUCAAUUAGAAGUAACUUAUGAAAAUAUUCCUGUUCCCGGCAGUCCAUUCCGUGUCAGUGCUGUUCCCGGUUGUGAUUCAACGCGUGUACGCGCCUAUGGGCCCGGCCUUGGAAAUGCAAUAACCGAUGAGUCAACAACAUUUACUAUUGAAACUAAAAGUGCUGGCCAAGGUAGUCUCGGUUUAGCUAUUGAAGGGCCAUCAGAAGCUAAAAUGGUUUGUAAAGAUAAUCAAGAUGGUACUUGUGUUAUGGAAUAUUUACCUACUAAAGCCGGUGAAUAUGAUAUAGCAAUAAAAUUUGCCGAACAUCAUAUUCCCGGUUCCCCAUUCCGCGUCAAUGUACGUGAUCGACUCGAUGCUAACCGUGUCAAUGUCAAAAUGAGUUCAACUAUCCGUGCUAAUGUUUUACAAGAAAUCAUAAUCGAUGGACAAACUGCUGGACCAGGCGCUCCAUCCAUAGACAUCACUGAUAUACAUGGUCGUCGAAAGCCGGCUAGUAUUCGACCUAGAGGCGAAGGCGUUUACGUUGCAGAAUUCACUCCACAAGCAGAAGGUCCACAUCGUAUUGAUAUUAAUUGGAGUGAUAAACCAAUACCACAAAGUCCGUUUAAUAUUCAAGUGCUUCCUCUUUUCGAACCCAAUAAAAUCAUCAUAGACGGACCUGGUAUUCGUAACGGUAUACCUGCAUCACUUGAAACAUAUUUUCGUAUCGAUACACGUGACGCUGGUUUCGAGCAACCCGACAUUCUAAUUAAAAAUCCCGAAGGUCUUUUAACAACAUCGAAAGUAAUUAAUAACGCAGACGGAACAUAUAAAGUAAUAUAUAAGCCGAAUGAUGUCGGUCGAUAUUUAAUUAAUGUUAAUUAUGGUGGCAUUCCGGUUAAUAAUUCUCCAUUCAACGUGAAAGUGGAACCAACCGGAGAUCCAACGAAGUGCCAUAUUUCGGGCAAUGGCAUUAAUCCUAAUCUUCAAGUAGGUGAGGAAUAUUCAAUUACUGUUGACACACACGAUGCCGGCCCGGGCGCAGUUACAUGUCGUAUUCGUUCAACUCUUGGCAAUGAUCUUGAUCUUGAUAUUGUUGACAAUGAAGAUGGAACAUACAAUUUAUUCUAUACACCCCAUAAUCCAGGAAACUAUGUUAUUAAAAUUAAAUUUGGCGGACAAGACAUCCCAGGCGGUGAUUUUGUCGUAACGGCUGGCGAUACUCAUAAAUAUAUUCGAAAUCAAACAGAUUCUUUUACAACAAGUCAAUAUCGUCCUGUCGAUUUUCGUUUACCUGUUGGCGGUGGUAAACUUAGUGAUAUUACUGCAUCAAUACGAACACCAACAGGUAAAUUUCAUACCCCAAUUCUUGACGACAAUCUAGAUGGAACUGUAUCAAUAAAAUAUCAACCCUCCGAAAUUGGUUUACAUGAAUUAGAUGUAUUCUAUCAAGGACAGCCCAUAGCUGGUUCGCCAUUUAAAUUUCAUGUUGAUCAAGUACAAACAGGUUACGUUACAGCCUAUGGGCCUGGUCUUAGUCAUGGCGUUUGUAAUGAAUCAAGUAGCUUUCGUAUUAUUACAAAAGAUGCUGGCUCUGGUGGUCUAUCUGUAGCUGUUGAAGGAAGUUCAAAAGCAGAAAUCCAAUGUAAAGAUAAUAAAGAUGGUACAUGUGAUGUAACCUAUUGGCCGACUGCACCAGGUGAAUAUACAAUUACAGUCAAAUUUGCCGAUAAACAUAUUGUAGGCUCACCAUUUACUGCUAAAAUAACUGGUCUACCACCAGCAAUUGAAAAUCAGAAACAUUCACAAGUGAUGGUUGGCAAUCAAAGUGAAAUAAGUUUACGUGUAACUGAAAUGGAUAUUCAUGAUUUAAAUGCAACCAUACGUUCACCCAGUGGCAUAGAAGAUGUUUGUUUAUUGAAAAAAUUAGUUAAUGGAAGUCUUGGCAUAUCGUUUAUACCGAAAGAAAUCGGUGAUCAUUUAGUAAAUGUUUAUCGUGAUGGUAAACAUAUUAAAAAUAGUCCGUUUCGUAUACAUGUUGGUUCAUCAGAAAUUGGUGAUGCCACUAAAGUUAAAGUUUUUGGACGAGGUUUGAAAGAAGGUUAUGCCAAUCAAAUUAAUGAUUUUACUGUUGUUACACGCGAUGCUGGUUAUGGUGGUUUAUCAUUAUCGAUCGAAGGCCCAUCAAAAGCUGAUAUUGAAUGUCACGACAAUGAAGAUGGUUCAUGCCUUGUUACAUAUAGACCAACAGAACCUGGUGUCUAUAUUGUUAAUGUUAAAUUUGCUGAUAAACAUGUACCUGGUAGUCCAUUUACUGUUAGUGUUGAUGGUCAUGGAUCAAGCCGACUACGAGAAAGUAUUAUACGCGAACGUCGUGCUGUUGAUAUGACACAUAUUGGCAGUCAAUGCGAAUUAUCUCUGAAAAUUCCUGGCACAUCAGCUUUUGAUAUGAGUGCCUAUGUUACAAGUCCAACAGGACGUUUAGAAAAUUGUGAAAUUGUUGAUCUUGAUAAUUGUAAUUAUUCUAUAAAAUUUGUUCCAAAAGAAAUGGGUGUUCACACUGUUAGUGUUAAACAUAAAGACAUGCAUAUUCCUGGUAGUCCAUUUGAAUUUACUGUUGGCCCAUUACAAGGUGGUGGAGCUCAUAAAGUUCGUGCAAGUGGUAAUGGUCUUGUACGUGGUGAAGUUCAUGCAACAAAUGAAUUUAAUAUUUAUACACGUGAAGCAGGUGCAGGCGGUUUAGCUAUUGCCAUUGAAGGUCCAGCUAAAGCUGAAAUCGACUUUUUUGAUCGUAAAGAUGGUUCAUGUGGUGUAGAAUAUUCAUGUCCUGAACCAGGUGAAUAUCAAAUAUCAAUUAAAUUCAACGAUGAACAUAUACCAGAUUCACCAUUUAAUGUUGCUAUCGUUCCACCAUUUGGCGAUGCUAAAAAACUAACAAUACACAGUCUUAAAACCAAAGGUCUCGAUGUUAAUCGACAAUAUACAUUUAGUGUUAAUGUUAAUGGUGCACGUGGUCAUGUGGAUGCUCGUAUAACAGCACCAAGCGGAAUGGAAGAACCAUGUGUUGUACAAGAAAUGAGUGAUGAUCAUUACGCUAUAAGAUUCAUACCAAAAGAAAAUGGUGUUCAUUGGAUACAUGUUCGUUUUAAUGGACGUGAUAUACCUGAUUCACCAUUUCGUAUUAUUGUUGGUCAAGCUAAUGCUGAUCCAGGCCGAGUAUUUGCUUCUGGCUCUGGUUUACGUCAAGGAGAAACUGGUCAACCAUGUGAAUUUUUAAUUGAUACAACCAAUGCGGGUGCUGGCGCAUUAGCGGUUACAGUUGAUGGACCAUCAAAAGUUCAACUCGAUUGUAGAGAAGUAAUUGAAGGUUAUCGUGUUACAUUUGCACCAACAGCACCAGGAGACUAUCUUAUUUCAAUUAAAUUUGCUGGCACCAAUAUUGCUGGUAGUCCAUUCAAAUGUACAGUUGGAGGUUCUGGAUAUAAUGCAAAUCGUGGCGGUAGUGGUGGUGGCCUAAGUACAAUGACAACAUCGUCAUCCUAUCUUCAACGUUCAGAUGGAAAAAUAACAACUCAUUCAAGAUAUGAUGCUACGGAAAAAUCGGCAUUAUAUUCAUCGAGUUCAAGAAAUAAUAGUUAUGCUACUGUUGAUGCAAGUCGAGUACGUGCACAGGGUGAAGGUUUAGUACGAGCUUUUAGAAACGAAAAAGCAACAUUUACAGUCGAUACACGUGAUAGUGGAAAUGCUAUGCUGAUGGUUGGUGUAUUUGGUCCAAAAUAUCCAUGUGAAGAAGUAUUCAUCAAACAUAUUGGAAAUAAUCAAUAUAAUGUUCAAUAUACUGUUCGAGAGAAGGGUGAAUAUAUGCUGAUUGUUAAAUGGGGCGAUCAACAUAUUCCAGGCUCUCCAUGGCACAUUGAAGUUGUUUAA